GCAAUGGCUAAAGUGAGAUCUGACAGAAUGUUAAACAGUUGUUGACUGACUGACGUUGUGUUCCAAAUUAAGGUACCAAAAAACACAAGGUUGGUUGUAUUUCUCACAUCUUCAACAUUGCAUUCAAGUUUGAAAUGGAAUUUCGAUGUAAGUCGCUUUUUGACACGUGUACCUGUCGGCUAGACUGAGAACAUUAUUUGGAUUAAUUCUCAGGUCAGGUGGACUCUAGUAUAAUCAAAUCGAAGAAAUGCCUGCCUUCCCCAGGAUAUAUAUAUAAACACAAGAUACGUGGCUGGCGGCUUCUUCAAUAUAAAUGAAUGAAUGUAAUUAAGCGAUGGGCAGAGGCAGAGCUCCUACAAGUAGUACUAGUUGUUCUUCAUCUAUUGACAGUAGCAACCACCCAGGCCCAGCUCUCUCAACAACGCCAUCAUCAUCUUCCCAAACCCUCCCAUCUUCUUUCUCACACUCACAGUUCAGACAGUUAAAGAGAGAUCUUAGCACAGAUCUCAGGCUUGGGCUUAGCUUAUCACCCUCUGCCUCUCACUCUCAACAACACAACCCUUCUGUUGCAAGGGGGUCAUCGUCGGAUUUGGCGUAUUCAAACCAGCCGAAGGAGGAGGCGAUGAAUAAUUAUGCAGCAGCUGCAGCAGAUGAAGGCAGCAAUGAUAAUGAUGAUCACACCACAUCCACCUUCUAUGUGAAGGUUUACAUGGCAGGCCAUGCUAUUGGCAGGAAGUUGGAUCUAUUAGCGCAUGAUGGUUUUCAUGACUUGAUACGAACACUGGAACAUAUGUUCAACACCAACAUUCUCUGGGGAGAUGAGGUGGAUAGAGUGCACUCUGAGUCUGGUCGUGAUGUUCAUGUUUUGACAUAUGAAGACGAGGAAGGGGAUUGGCUGAUGGUGGGGGAUGUUCCUUGGGAGAUGUUCUUGUCCGCAGCGAAAAGAUUGAAGAUCACAAGGACUUUUCCAUGCUGAUUUUUACAUCAUCUCCCUCCUCCAAGUCCAGGGGUUUGGAAUUUUUGGGACGGGCUAAGUCAAGUGAGGGUGAGAGAAGAACAGUAUAGAUUUUUAGUCUGGAACGAUGAGUUUACUGAUAGGGCGUUGGGCUCGAAGCUGGGCCUUAGAACGUAUAGGUAUAUUAGAGCCCAGAGGGUGGGUUAUUUUGUUUUAUUUUCCUCAUCUUUGUGCUCAUCUUUCUUUCAGCGUACUUAAUUGCAUGGGUGCGUAA